GUGCUGGUCCCCGCACUGCGCGGCCGCCGUGCAGCAGCAGCUCGGGAGGAGGGCCACGGCGCGCGGAAUCACCAUGGAACCUGAUGAAAUAUCAACAAUGGAUACAUUACCUGUCAGCAAUGUAAGUGACGCGGCGACAUCAGAGCCGGCUCUGUUCCGGGAGUGUCCUUCGUUCGCAAUCUACACUGCGGCAGGCUGCUGUUUCCUCAUAGCCCUCAUCGGCGUGCCGUUCAACGCGGUCACCAUCAUGGCCCUCGGCAAGUGUAAGCUGAAGGCGAAACCGGCAUCUUUGUUUAUAAUGAACAUGUGCGCGGCGGAUCUGCUGCUGAGCGGAGUGCACGCCCCGUUGACGGGGCUGGCCCUGCUCCGCCGCACCUGGACGCUGGGCUCCGUGGCCCGGAGGUUGCUGCCCUUGUCGCGAUUCGUUCUGCUGGCCACUUCUAUGUUGUCUAUGAUGGCCAUCAGUAUCAGUCGGGUUAUUUUAAUCACGCAGCCAGCGAUUUCAAAUAGAUUAUUUUCGAUGCGUAAUGUUAUUUUGAUGGUGGUCACCAUAUGGUUUCUGGCAAUAAUGAUGCUAAUGCCAACCUGCUUUGGAAUUUAUGGACAGUUCGGACGCGAUAAUGUGACGGGAUCGUACACGAUUGUAGCAGAUUCAGCGGGACGAUCACCAAGAGCCAUUUAUUACAUAUUUACGUUUUUGACUUCAUUUGCGACUUUGACCAUUUGCUACACACGUUUAUUCUACGAAGUACGGGACUCCUCGAAAAGAUCAAAUCGGAGCUCCGCGCCCCGCGGCGGCAGCUGGGCCACUCGUCCGCCCGUCGCGCGUGCUGCUCAGCCGCCCUCUGUGGACACUUCUCCUGCUGAUCAGGAGAUCGAGUCCACCGAAGGCGCCUCGACCUCAUCGUCAUCCGGCGCAUCAGCGUUUCGUAACUUGGUCACCAAAUUGAAUACCAUGCAGCUGUCCAAAAAGGACCGGAAGCUGAUAAUCAUGAUCGCUGCGAUCUUGUGUUCCGUGUGGAUAUGCUACUUGCCGAUGACUCUGGUGAAGAUAUUUGAAAAGGACGUGCCCGUUAUUUUAUUCCUUAUUGGAUACAUCCUCGUGUACCUGGCGAGCUGUGUGAACCCUCUCGUGUACAUGGUGCUGUCCCACGAGUACCGGGACGCGUACCGGGGCCUGUUCCGGUCUGUUCCCCCCCGCGCCCCCCGGUGGUGA